CCUGAUAAUCUCCGCCCCUCCCGCCCUGCUGCUCCUCCUCCGCUGAUGCUACGAAGCGAGCGCCGCUGACCGUCCGGAGCUCCAUCCCGGACAGAUUACCGGGCCGAAAGCAGCGACUCAUACGCCGACACCGCCGAGGAACGAGCCGCCACACGGUUCUCGCCCGUUAUCUGACCUCAGGGGUGAAACAGUCGGCCGGCGUCCUGCAGCGGGAGACGCCCUCCAUCCUCAGCGGGGACACUCGGGGUAAACCUGCGGUCUCUUUAACACUGGCAGACGUGGUGAGUGUACCUGCGUAACCUGGUCCAGCUUUGGGAGCUGGUUAAGACCUGGAUCUGGCUGUAGCCUCAUAGUAAUCCUCUAAAGAGCAUUAGCGGGCUAAGUUUGGCCCUGGACUGUGGCAGGCGGAGAAAAGGGGCUUCACUUCAGGUUUGUCAGCAUGAUGCAGAUUUCUGAAUCCUACAAGCAGAAGAACUCGCUCUUCAACGCCAUGAACCGCUUCAUCGGCGCCGUCAACAACAUGGACCAGACGGUGAUGGUGCCCAGCCUGCUGCGGGACGUCCCGCUGGACGACGCAGAGGACUUGAAGGCGGUGAGCGGCGCUAACGGCACCAACGGCGGCGCCUACUUCCAGCAGGUCGGCGACAUGUACAGCUCGUACGUGCUCCUCAAGUCCAUCCGCAACGACAUCGAGUGGGGCGUCCUGCAGGGCGAGGAGCGGCGGAAGGAGAAGGCGGUCGUGGUCGAGGCGGCGGCGGCAGAGGAGGACGACCUGGAGAAACAGUUUCAUUUCCACCUGAAAGGACUCCACGCCGUCCUGUCCAAACUGACCUGCAAGGCCAACACGCUCACGACCCGCUACAAGGAGGAGAUCGGCUGCGGGAACUAACUUAUAGACACUAUUGUAAACGUCUGUGCAGGCGGUUUAAACGCGUUUUAGCUCAUUAACUACAAGUCUGUUUACUUACUGUGAGGAACUGUCGAAAUAUAAACGAGCAUCGGGCAUAAAUAUGUUUUCAACACGGUGAAUCUGACCGGACGUUUGAUGCCCGCAGCUUUCGAGAAUUCGGAGACACGUUUCAGUUU